GUACCAGAAAACUAUCCAGAUGUAUUUAAUUUAAAAAUGUCUUCGAAUACAAAACCCUCUUCAAAACGAAGUCCCUUUAAUAGGUGUUCCAUACAUGGAAGGGCUACUCCACAUCUUCGAUAUACAGGAAACUUUAUAAAAUCAAAAAAACUUUGUUGACACGAGAAUUUAGGUAUAAGGCAUUCAAGAACUGUAUGGUAGCGAACCGCAUUAUCAGUAAAAAUUAUAAUCCCUAUUAGCUCAAGGGAAGUCCUGAAAAAAUGUUAGUGUAGCUUGGCCGCGAGAACAAAUCAACAACAUUCUCACAAAUCACACCAACCAUUUGGCCUGAGUGAGCAGCAAGGAAAACUCAUCAGUCCACUCACAAACACAUGCACACACGUUCGCAAACUCAUUGAAAAAAAAAAAAAACGAAAAAUCUGCGCAUGAGUUUUCCUUUAAUCGCGUUUGUGUUCAGUUCAGUUGUCGGGGACGCCUUCAAGAGUUUUGUAUGAUUUGUUGGAUUUGCUGGCAACAAGUUUGGACUUCAAAUUCGAACAACAUUCAACAAUUGGAUUGCCUAACCGGUUGUCUAACGGAAAAGAAGCAGAAGGCAACAACAACAAAAAAUACAACAGCUGCUGGAGUGCAACAGUCAACAUCAUAAUCGCCAUCAUCAAUUGGGAUUGAAUGCAAUCAACUAAAUGAAGUUUGGCCGUUUCUAAAAAUCCUAAUUGAAAACAAUAUUUGAAAAACACCUGUCCCACGCACACACACACGCACAUACUCACAGUGUAACGCAACGUCAUCAUCACUGGGUCACCAUGGGUUACGAUGAUGUCAUAAAGUAUCUGGGCGAUUUUGGCCGAUAUCAAAAACAAAUCUAUUUCCUUUUGUGUUUGCCCGCCAUAUCGUGUGCCUUUCACAAGUUGGCCGGUGUAUUUCUCCUGGCCCGUCCAGAUUUUCGUUGUGUCCUGCCAUUUGAAAAUGACAGCGAAAAUCAGACACGUUUUGAGAAUUUCAAUAAAACCCUCUGGAGUCUGGCUUAUCCGUAUGACCAGAUUACGGAUACCUAUCAGGUGUGUGAAUACUACGAUGUGGACUACAAUGACGGGUAUUUGAAUGGGAACAGCAUUGCGACUCCUGUGUCGAAUGAAACAAAGAGCUGUGAACAUUUUGUCUAUGACCAGAGUGUGUACAAGAGCAGUGCAGUGACGGAAUGGAAUAUGGUAUGCAGUCGCCAGUUGCUGAGUGCCACCAGUGAUUCCUUGUUCAUGGUGGGCGUGUUGUUGGGUAGUAUUGUGUUUGGCCAGCUAUCGGAUAGAUAUGGCCGUAAACCCAUAUUCUUUGCCUCGUUGGUGAUCCAGGUGGUGUUUGGUGUCCUGGCUGGUGUGGCCCCCGAAUAUUUUACCUAUACCAUAUCGCGUAUGAUUGUGGGAGCCACCACCUCGGGUGUGUUCUUGGUUGCCUAUGUCAUUGCCAUGGAAAUGGUGGGUUCAUCCUAUCGUCUCUUUGCCGGUGUGGCUUGUCAAAUGUUCUUCUCGGUGGGCUUUAUGUUGACGGCCGGUUUUGCCUAUUUCAUCCGCGACUGGAGAUGGUUACAAAUCGCCCUAACCCUGCCGGGGUUGUUGUUUAUGUGUUACCACUGGAUCAUACCCGAAUCGGCCAGAUGGCUAUUAUCCAAGGGACGCAAAGAUGAGGCCAUUGUGGUCAUUGAAAAGGCAGCCCAGGUGAAUAAUGUCACCAUACCCCAAGAGGUCUAUGAAAAUCUCAUUGACGAAUCGGCGGAAAAGAAAAAUGACUCAGAGGCCAAUAAAUCGGAAAAGGCAGCAGCGGCUAGUGUUUUUGAUUUGUUGCGCUAUCCCAAUUUGAGGCGUAAGACGUUGAUCAUUUUCUUUGAUUGGUUUGUCAACAGCGGUGUGUACUAUGGUCUCUCCUGGAAUACCAAUAAUUUGGGUGGCAAUGUCCUGCUGAAUUUCAUGAUCUCCGGUGCUGUGGAAAUCCCUGCCUACAUACUGCUGCUGCUUACCCUAAAUCGUUGGGGUCGUCGCACAAUUCUGUGUGGUUGCAUGUUAGUGGCUGGGGUGGCCCUGUUGCUGACAAUCAUUGUGCCGGCCUCUUUAAAUUGGCUCAUCAUUCUAUUUGCCAUGAUUGGUAAAUUGGCCAUUACAGCUUCGUAUGGUACCAUUUAUAUAUUCUCGGCUGAACAAUUCCCCACUGUGGUGAGAAAUGUGGGUUUGGGCGCCGCCUCAAUGGUGGCACGUAUUGGUGGCAUUUUGGCGCCCUAUCUCAAUUUGCUGGGCCAAAUAUGGCGGCCAUUGCCUUUGAUAAUUUGUGGUGCCUUGGCCUUUUUAGGUGGCCUCCUAUCGUUAAUGCUUCCCGAAACCCUGAACAAGCCAAUGCCAGAGACAAUAGAAGAUGGCGAACGGUUUGGAAAGCGUCGCAAUGCAAAUGAUCUCAGUGAGACUGGAGAGGAACUUACAUCAAUGGUAGCCGGCGGACAGCAGGCAAAUGGCAAAGCCAAAUGAUGAAGUGAAGCGAUGGUGGCGGCUAAAAGUGAAAACGAAAAAUUGAACUUAAUUGUGUUGUAAAAUGUACUUAUAAGAACAAUUUUGAAAAUAUGUCAUAUGCAUAUUAGGGUGUUCUGAAGUAAAAGCGAAGAAACAAAAAAAUCAAAAUUAAUUUGAAAAAUGUGUUUCGGUUUCGGGUGAUUUAAAAAAAUAUGUAUUUUUUAAAUCAUUUAAAACAUUUUUAAAACUUCAAAUCAAGUUGAAUUUUAAUUGUUUAAAAAAU